UCUUACGGCACAGCAGAAAUAAUAUUUUUUCAAAGCACGGCAAUACCAACCAGUCAUUUACCUAUAUGUCCACGUAUAAUAAUAUCAUUUGUUAAAAAAAUUUGUUACUUGGACAAAAAUGUAAUUUGGGAUGAUUGGGGGAAUGUAAUGGCGAUUGGAGGCGGGUUUGUGAGAGGAGAAAAAUGGGAAGGAGGCGGGGAAGGGAAGAUUUGAGAGUCCCAAAUUUCCAGAUCCACAACCAACACAUCAUUCAAGCACAAAACCCGUACUAUGAUGCCAUCGUCUCCCACAGAAGAGUAAAAUCUGUGGAAGGACUUGAUCUCCAGGGCUUCCAUGGCAGGGGGUCCUGUAGAAAACCUACAAGUAAAUCAGAGCCAUUGAUUCAUUGCUCUGCCCUUUUGCCUCAGCCCUUUGAUUCAUUCAAACUUGAUAAAAAAUUGCAGAAGCAAGAUAUGAACUUAAACCCAAACGUCUGCAACCACGCUGCACCCUCUCUCCGCCGAAACCCUAGCUAAAAGAACUAGCAGCUCACUGUAUUUAUAAUCGCUAAAAUGGCUAAAUUGCACUAAUAGCUUCCGUAUUUACUCGGUUUUCACUUUCGUCCUUGUAACUUUUCAGAAAGGCCCAACAGGUUUCGUGGGGAUCUGUCUGGGCCGGUAAAGGCCCGGCCUUUUCUGAAGGAGUAAAUCGAAAAACAGAGAAAAGUAUCCUCAGACGUGGGAGUGAGAGAUAUCUAGACGAAGAGAGAGAAAAAGAAAGAGACUUUCCUUUCAGUUCCGAGCUAUAAUCUGGUUUUGAUGUUUUUGCUGUUUAGGGAUGUCCGGUUCUUGGGGUAAGCUUGCUUGUUGCACAUGGCACCCACAGUCUCAGCUGUGCAACCUUGCUUCAGCGGGAAUGGAUUGAGAAGUGCCAUAGCUUUCAAAGCUGAGAAGGGAUAUAGGAAUGCUUUGGGUAGAAAAAUGAGGUUCAGUAAUUUUCUCUUUUCAACGGUAUCAAGAUUAUGUUUUCGUCCAAAGCAUAGUCUUGUCAAAAAUAAUUUGGAGGAAGUAGAUAUUUUUGGCAUAGCAAGCAUCUCAGAUCGGUCAAAGUUGCUCAAUAAGGUAUCUGCUUUGGUUGGUUAUGAUAGUCUUGAUGAUUUGAUUGAGAAUGAAAGAGCUGAAAAGCAGUCCGGUAUGCAUGUUAGAGAUGUCAUAGAUGAAUUUGAUGUCUCCUUGGUGUGUGCACGAUUUCCAUCAAUCAUUUUAGGUAGUUCCCCUCGGGUGGAAUUGUAUGAUGGAACCACCAGUUUCAGUGAAAGGAUGCUUUUGUCAACUCAAAGUGGUGAAGGAUUUCUGUCUGAUACUAUGUGUGAAGAGCAGUCCGCAACUGUGGUUAUUGAGGAAAACUCACAUCAAACAGUUCCUGUGGAGGAAUCUUCUAACAAGGUUUUGCUUAAAUCACAAAAUGAUACUGGGUCUGUUCAGUUUUCCCUGGACAGUUCUAUCAGUUGCAUACCUGGAAUAACUAAGAAGCGCUGUCGGCAGCUAGAAGACUGUGGCUUUCAUACAUUGCGGCAAUUGCUUCACCACUUUCCUCGGACCUAUGCGGAUUUACAGAAUGCUCAGAUGAAAAUUGAUGAUGGACAAUACUUGAUUUUCAUUGGGAAGGUAUUAAGUUCGAGGGGAAUCAAAGCUAGUAGUUCUUUCUCAUUUAUUGAGGUAGUUGUUGGUUGCGAAAUUAUGGACGAUGAAUCAACUGAGCAUUUGAAUGAUUCUGCUGAUAGUAGAAGAAAGAAGACAAUUUCUUUGCAUCUGAAGAAAUUUUUUCGUGGUGCUCGUUUUACUUCUCUACCCUUUCUUAGACUUGUUGAGGGAAAGCAUAAAGAGGGGGACUUUGUAUGUGUUAGUGGCAAGGUAAGGACAAUGCCUGCCAAAGGUCACUAUGAAAUGAGAGAAUACAAUAUUGAUGUGCUUAAAGAUGAAAACGAAGUGUCUUUUCAUGCAAAAGGGAGGCCUUAUCCUAUAUACCCUUCAAAAGGAGGUUUAGAUCCAAAUGUUUUGAGAGACAUCAUUGCAAGAGUUGCACAAGUUUUGGCUGUCGAUGUUGAUCCUAUUCCUAAAAAUAUCACUCAGGACUUUGGGCUGUUAGGCCUUCAUGAUGCGUAUAAGGGGAUUCAUGAACCAAAGAGUAUGGAAGAAGCUGAUUUGGCUCGGAAAAGGCUAAUAUUUGAUGAGUUCUUUUACCUGCAGUUAGCGCGCCUUUACCAAAUGCUUGAAGGUCUUGGUACACAAAUAGAGAAAGAUGGAUUGCUGGAUAAGUACAGGAAACCUGAAUCAAGUGCUGCUUAUAUGAAGGAAUGGUCCAUUCUUACCAAGAAGUUUUCAAAAGCUCUUCCAUAUACCCUUACUCCUAGUCAACUCACUGCCGUUUCAGAAAUCAUCUGGGAUCUAAGGCAACCAGUUCCUAUGAAUCGGCUUUUGCAGGGUGAUGUUGGUUGUGGGAAAACCGUGGUAGCUUUUCUAGCAUGCAUGGAGGUUAUUGGCUCUGGAUAUCAGGCAGCUUUCAUGGUUCCAACUGAGUUGCUUGCAGUCCAGCAUUACGAGCACUUAAAUAAAUUGCUUGAAAAUAUGGAGGAUGUUGAACGAAAACCUUCAAUUGCUUUACUAACAGGCUCAACCCCAUCAAAACAAUCACGGAUAAUUCUUGAGGGUCUCAGGACUGGAGAAAUAUCGAUGGUCGUUGGAACCACCAGUUUAAUAUCUGACAAAAUCGAAUUCUUUGCAUUACGCAUUGCAGUGGUGGAUGAACAACACCGUUUUGGUGUGAUCCAGAGAGGACGGUUUAACAGUAAGCUAUACUAUACCUCCAUAAAUUCUAGAAUGGUAGCCGCCAGUUCAGAUGUGACCUCAAAAGGUGACAACCAUAUGGCUCCUCAUGUUCUUGCCAUGUCAGCUACUCCUAUCCCGAGAACACUUGCUCUUGCUUUAUAUGGGGAUAUGUCAUUGACACAGAUAACGGACUUACCUCCAGGAAGAAUACCAGUUGAGACAUUCAUCAUUGAAGGAAAUGACAAUGGAUUUGAGGAUGUUUAUGAGAUGAUGCUGGACGAGUUAAAAGAAGGAGGAAGAGUCUAUCUUGUGUAUCCAGUUAUUGAACAAUCUGAACAGCUGCCACAACUUCGUGCUGCUGCGGCAGAUUUUGAAGCUAUAUCUGAUAGGUUUCAGGGCUACACUUGUGGAUUAUUGCAUGGAAGGAUGAAGAGUGAUGAGAAAGAUGAAGCGUUGAGAAAGUUCAGAUCUGGAGAAACAGAUAUACUGCUUUCCACACAAGUAAUUGAGAUUGGUGUUGAUGUUCCGGAUGCAUCUAUGAUGGUUGUUAUGAAUGCUGAGAGAUUUGGGAUAGCUCAGUUACACCAACUUAGAGGACGAGUUGGACGAGGAGUGAGAAAGUCUAAAUGUAUACUUUUAGCAUCUUCUUCCAGUAGUCUAACUCGGCUGAUGGUCCUGGGGAAAUCGUCAGAUGGUUUUUAUUUGGCAAACAUGGACCUUCUUUUACGUGGACCUGGUAACUUGCUUGGCAAGAAACAGUCAGGACAUCUUCCAGAGUUUCCUAUUGCAAGAUUGGAAGUAGAUGGCAAUAUCUUACAAGAAGCGCAUCUUGCUGCUCUGAAAGUGUUAGGUGCUUCUAAUGAUUUGGAGCAAUUCCCGCUGCUUAAGGCAGAGCUUAGCAUGAGACAGCCGCUGUCUAUUCUGGGUGACUGAGUGUCGUGGAACCAUGUCGUGUAUACCAUAUCUGUUGCAAGCUUGAUGCUUCUGCGUGAUUUCCUUAGCGGUUGCCUCCUUUGAAUGGAGCAAAGUCGUGACGUAGAGUUAGGGGAGCAACUGGUAAUGGCUAGUCAUGAAAAACGUUGCCCUGGUCGAAUUUGGAGAGCAAACACUGAAUAUGCAGACAUGUCCAUUUUUGCACACCAGCGAAAAGGAAUGCCAUAUCCAAACAUGCUUUUUGCCAUUGAAGUAGAUUGUUAAUCACUGUUUAGUAGGCAUUUUUUUACAUAAUUUGAUAUGCCAGCAUCCUAACAAUCCGCUUGCUUGAAUCGAAGAAUUCUCAAAGAUGUAUAAAGAAAGUGUGUAAUCUGCUAUGUAAUUUUUAUGUUUUUGCGUCUGUUA